CUGGGCAGUGUUGCCUUGUUUGGAAAACUCAAGGCAGCUAGGCAUAGAGGUCUCUGAAGCACAUCACAACUCUACAAGGCGGUUAAGACACAAGACAGGGUCGAGGCCGAUGAUAAUCCUCUCUCGUCGAAUAUAAAAGGUAGGCCGAUUCGCAUGAUAGGGACGACUAGAAAUCGAGCACACACACCUCACACACAUCAAGCCUCAUCUCCAGCUACAACAACAACAACAACAACAACAACAACAACAACAACAACAACAACAACAACAGCGAUAAUGUUCGCCAGAUUCUCGCAACUGGGUCUCUGGGUCACUAUUCUCAGCCUUGCUGGAGUCGACGCCCUGGGAAUCAACUGCCUGGGCAGCUCUCAGUGCGGGAGCGUGCCGUUCCAGAACAACGACGUGUCCGAGGGCGAGCUCACCUUCAACUUCUCCCACACCCUCUGCGGCGACGGCAACCUCAUUUGCCCGACCGAAUUGGGGAUUGAAGCCAGGGCGGGCUCUUUCUCGCUGGGCACAUGGUCAAUGGACGCGCUGGAGAGGGCCGAGGUCUGGCUCACCCGUCGAAAAGCCACCGCCUCAGCUUUCGGCCACAUGACAGAAUCAAUCCGGUAGUUAAUACCCCUCGUGUAUUUAUUUGGCCACGAGACGAUUCAACGACGGCUGUCAACAAGAAUCCGACGUUGACUUUUCCACUUGGCACCCUGAUUGC